UUUGUUAUGGAGGUUGAGCAAGGGAAGACCUAUCUCCUGAGAAUUAUUAAUGCUGCUCUCAACGAUGAACUUUUCUUCGGCAUUGCCGGUCACAACUUGACAGUGGUGGAGGUUGAUGCAGUGUACACAAAACCAUUCACUUCUGAAGCCAUACUAAUUGCACCUGGCCAGACCACAAAUGUUUUGGUCCAAGCCAAUCAAGCUUCAGGCAGAUACUUCAUGGCUGCUAGGCCUUUCAUGGAUGCUCCAAUUGCCGUAGACAACAAGACAGCCACAGGAAUAUUCCAAUACAGAGGCAUCCCCAACACAGUUCUACCAAGCCUUCCUCAACUGCCUGCCUCUAAUGACACAGCCUUUGCUCUAAGCUACAACAAGAAACUCAAGAGCUUAAACACUCCAAAUUUUCCAGCAAAUGUUCCUCUCAAAGUUGACAGAAAGCUCUUUUACACCAUUGGUUUUGGAAAAGAAUCAUGCCCAACUUGCCUUAAUGGAACAAGAUUUGUUGCUUCCUUGAACAAUAUCUCUUUUGAGAUGCCUCAGGUUGGGCUUCUACAAGCCCAUUACUUCAAUCUCAAAGGGGUUUUUAAAACUGACUUCCCUGAUAGGCCACAAACUUCUUUCAAUUACACUGGUGCACCACUUACUGCCAAUCUUGGGACUUCCACAGGGACUAGGCUGAGCAAGAUUGCCUUCAACUCUACAGUUGAGCUGGUGUUGCAGGACACUAAUCUUCUAACGGUUGAGUCACAUCCCUUCCAUCUCCAUGGAUACAACUUCUUUGUUGUUGGAACCGGGAUUGGGAAUUUUGAUCCUGCCAAGGACCCUGCUAAAUACAACUUGGUUGAUCCUGUUGAGAGAAACACAGUUGGAGUUCCCACCGGUGGUUGGACCGCCAUUCGUUUUAGAGCUGAUAAUCCAGGCGUUUGGUUCAUGCACUGUCAUUUGGAGCUUCAUACAGGGUGGGGAUUGAAAACAGCAUUCGUCGUAGAAGAUGGACCAGGAUCAGAUCACUCUGUUCUGCCUCCGCCUAAGGAUCUUCCGCCAUGCUAAUGACGCGUGGACUGUUCGUAUCAAUCUGCUUACUUACACUUCUUGCAAAAGUUGCAGAAGCUAGGUUUCUUGAUGGUUACAAACAAUUAUCAAGGGGAAAAAGAAUCAAUUUGUAUGAGACUGAAAAUGUAAUAAAUUAAACCAUACUAUGUAACAAUUGUUUUCUUUCAUCAUAUUUCUUCUGAUUAAUACUGGAAAUAAUUUAUAUAACCA